UGAGAUGAGUGAAAACAUGCCAGUGUACUGAAAACUAAAGUAGAUAAAGGACACGUUUAACUAAAUAAGUCAAUAAAGUGCUUUAAAUAGGAACGUUCAAGUUAGAAAUGUGUAUUUGGUUAUGUUUAGAACAUGGAUUUAUUUUUAUUUUUAAUAACGAUAUUUUGUCUUCCAUUGAUUACAAAAACACAACCGUUUAUCGAUUGCUCUGGUAAGUCGUUUCUUUGCGAGAAUUCGACACAUUUUACAAUAUGUGUAGACGUCGGUGGGGGUGUGUCUAUGACAGUUGGGAAUAUUGUGUUGUCAUGCCCACCUACAACGUUUUGCGAUGAAAAUAACACUUUCGAAUGUGAAUAUCGAACAUCGACAUCAAUUACACCUAUCCCUACUUCCCAAGGUACUGAUAUAACUACAGAGACAACCGAAGCACGUCUUACGACAAACAUUUACGACGAAUUUCUUUUUACAAGUGACUCUCAACAGGCUGAGGAAAAUACUGUUUUCCCAACACAACAAAAAUAUAUAAUCCCAGGCAAUGCGAAUGUGAUAUUCGACGAUACAGACAAUGCUGUACUUGUUUAUGGCAAUAUCGAUAGUGAAUUGGUAAAUAGUACCUCAAUAAAUGAAAAAAUAACAAAAAAUGUAAAUGUUACGAAUAGUGAGAACAUCAACGAUGUGAAAAAUAAAAUUAAUGACAUGAAUCAGAAAUUUACAAGAAGAGAUAAAGAACCUACACCAAAGCUUGAAGAGUCACGUAAUGAAUUAAGCACAGAUACCACUGAUAAAAUGAUGACAUCAUUUAGUGAAAUACCUAGCGAUAGUGUUACCACAGAAGAAUCCUCUACCCUAGAAUAUGUAACUAACACAAAAAACAUUGAAAUUUCAGCGACAACAUCAAUUUCUCUUCCAGAUAUUGGAAGUGAACUCUCAAAUAUUACUCAUAAUUCGUCAAACCUAAAAAAUAUAUCUGAAAACAUUAUCAAAAACAACAAAACUAUAGAUAUAGAUACCAAUUUCACAGUAAAUAAACUAGCUGACAAUGAAUUAAGUUCAAUAAUAAUCGAAAGAUCUCCUUUUAAUGCAUUAGAAUCUAAUUCAAACCUCUCAAAUGCAGUUGGCAAUGAUGUUAAUACUUCCCAUAAUGAUGAAAUAAUUACAGACAAAGCGAAAGAAUUGUUAAAUAUGGCAACGGAAAGCUAUAUCCAAAAUACUACAUACUCAAGAGAUAUUUCCCCCAACUUUUCUGCGCAUCUUAAUGAAACAAUUUCUACAUUACCGGAGGAAAGUGUAAUAUUAACAACUUCAACACCGGUUAAAAUUGCGACAUCGAACUUGAAUACACCAACGGAAAUUUACGCUCAAAACGAUGUAUUUUCAAGAGGUAUUGUUCUUCCAGACUCUGUAGAUUUCAAUUCAGCAGGCAAUGUAUUAAAAAUAACAACUUUAAGAAGCGACAAGUUAGGGGAUAAUGAGAACAUCAUAUAUUUUGAAGAUCUGGUACAUCCUACAACGAAGGUUGACAAUGUUACAUCACAUAUGAGUACGACAACCAAAACGUAUAGUCUAAACGGCAUAAUGCCAAAUCCUAUAAUUCCUCCGGAAUCUUCAGAAUUAGAUAUCACUUUCGGCGAUAUAUUAAAAGUUAACAAAGAUAUUACCGAUUUACAAACACCUAAACAGCUUUAUUUCACAGAAAAAGCUGUUUUAAAUUCUACCAUAAAACCUGAUAACCAAGAGAGUUCAAAAACCACCAAUUAUAGCUCUUUUGAUAACGACUUACAUAUAAAACUUGGUAAAUACAUAAAUAAGUUUAACUUUGAUGUACGUAAUAGUACCGGCCAAGACACUAUAACGGACAAGAAUUUCCAGAUCAGAAAUAAAAAUACAAACACGGCCAACAUAGACAGUGAGAGUAGUAACGUCAGUACAGAUGUUAAUACUGAAAUAAUUACAGAUAAAACAAUAUUAGGUAUGGAAACACUAAAUAGUACAUUAUAUACAGACGUAGAAACAAUAACUGAAUUUACUACAGAAAAUGUAGUUACAUUGCAACAAACAAAAAGUUACCAAACGACUUUGAGAAGCAACGAUUUAGGAGAAAUUAAGAAUACAUUUUUUGAGGAUACAGAUUAUAGUGUACUCUUAUUUCCUGCAAGCACAGUUGAAACUCUGGUAACGGAAUUGAGUACAACACCGAAAACAUAUAUUCAAAAUGACAUUAUUACAAAUCCUAUUAUUCCGAAUGAUUAUCCUGACUCCGAUAUCAGUUUUGAUGACUUAAUAAAGGGAAACGAGGAUUUUAUUGAAUUAAAAUCACCUUUACAAAUACCUUUUACAGAUCGUCCUAUUUCAGAUAUUACCGGAAGAUCUGAAAGUCGGGAAAGUUUAAGAAAUUUCAGGUCCACUUCGCAAAAUAAUUCAUCAAAUUACGACAUAAUAUCUAAUUCUAGUGAAAAAGUGACUAAAACCAAUGAUAUAUUUGAUAGAACUGAGACAAUAACUCAUAAUAUUUCUAUUACUAAUGUAACAGACCCCCAUGACCAUUUUGUAAAUAAUGAAGCAGUUAUCGUAGCGAACAAAAGUACAAACAAAGAAUUGUUAUUAAACAAAACUAAUACUACGUUAAACUUUACUUUACUCUUCCCAAAUACAAAAAAUGUAUUAAAUACGGCUAAGAUACGUAAGGAAAUUAUUGAGAAAAUUCCAAACGCAGAUGAAAUUAUUAGUCCGAGAUAUAACUUAACUAAUCACGGAUUAAAUAUAACUACAGAUCUUGAUGUUAAAAAUUAUACCGAAUCAAAUAAAACUCAGUAUUCAUUAGGAGAUGAAAAGAGAGUAAUAGAUAAAGUACUAUUGUCUAACGUGUUAUUAAAGAAUGUCACCGGAUAUUUCCAAAAUCUGAACGAAAAAGACAUUGAAGAAGGUAAAAAGGUUAUGAAAUUGUCAUCGUCAACGUCCUCAAAUUCGUCUUCUUCGUCAUCAUCAUCAUCCAGUGAUAAGAAGAAAAAUAAAAGCAACAAAAAGUCCACCAAAAAAUUAUCUAAUAAUACAAAUGGUUUCAAAUGUAACGAAGAAGGCAAAUUUGUAGAUCCUAAUAAUUGUAGGAAAUAUUAUAUAUGCUCCAAAACAUCAAAGUCUGUACUACGUCGUAAGAGAAAGAAGUGUGAUUCGGAUGAGGUUUUCGACGAUGAUAAAAAGAAAUGCGUUGACGAAGACAGUUACGAAUGUAAAUAA